CUUGUGUUUCCCCGCCUGUUCUGUCUCCUCUGACCUUUCACUCGCCGCCCCGGGAGGUGAUGAGCUUCACGCUGGGCUUCAAGCCUCCAUCAGCAGGCAGUUCUGGGCCCGGCGCCGGCCGAGGAGCCGCCAUGGAGAACCUGGAGAAGCAGCUGAUCUGCCCGGUGUGCCUGGAGAUGUUCUCCAAACCCGUGGUCAUCCUGCCCUGCCAGCACAACCUGUGCCGCAAGUGUGCCAACGACAUCUUCCAGUCAGCUAACCCCCUGUGGCAGUCCCGCGGCUCCUCCAGCGUGGCGGUCAGUGGCAGUCGGUUUCGCUGUCCGUCGUGCCGCCAUGAGGUGGUCCUGGACCGCCAUGGAGUCUUUGGUCUGCAGAGGAACCUGCUGGUGGAGAACAUUAUAGACCUCUACAGACGACAGGAGUCCUCCAGGCUUGUGGACGUGAAGCCAGAGCAGCAGCAGCAGCGGCUGAUGUGUGAAGAACACGAAGAGGAGAAGAUCAACAUCUACUGCCUGUCCUGUCAGACGCCGACCUGCUCCAUGUGCAAAGUGUUCGGAAAACACAAAGAGUGCGACGUCGCGCCGCUCAGCAGCGUCUAUAUGACACAGAAGGCUGAGCUGAGCGACGGCAUCGCCAUCCUGGUCGCCAGUAACGACCACAUCCAGGCGGUCAUCUCUCAGUUGGAGGAAGUCUGCAGCAUUACAGAGGAGAACGGGAGGCGACAGCGAGAGCAGCUGGCCAACCACGUUGACGCCCUGGUGGCCAUCUUGGAGGAGCGGAAGCGGGAGCUGGUGGGGCUGAUCACCAAACAGCAGGACGAGAAACUCAAACGCGUCCGAGCUCUCAUUCGUCGGCACGGCGACGACCUGGAGGCCGCCGUGACGCUGGUGGAGUCGGCCAUUCAGACGAUGGAGGAGCAGCACAUGCCGCUGUUUAUACAGAGCGCCAACGUCUUACUGGAGAAAAUGGCGGCCGCAGCCAGGGCCUCGAACACGCAGCGUCCACAGCUCGCUUAUGAGAGGAUGAGUCACUUGGUCCUCGACACGGACGAGCUCGCCGUCAUGCUGAUGAACAUGGACUUCUGCUGCGGUGAGGGAGAUGAUGGAGAAGAAGAUCCUGAGGAAGGUGAAGAGUCAGACUUCUGCUCCAGAUUCUGAGUCUAAACCAGAGGUCCCUGCUGCAGUCCGGAGGAAAUCCAACACGGGGACGGAAAUAGAGGUUUACCAUAAUCCUCUGGAAGAAAUCCACACAGAGUGAAACGACAAAGACAACAUGAGGAAAAUAACAGCAGAAAUGAUCGAAAUCGUACCUUCAUAUACGUUAUCCAUCAGCAGCAGCAGCCCGAUGCAGGAACACUGACUUGGCUGGAUUUUUGCCUCCCACAUUGUUGCCAUUGUUCAGUGAAAAAGCCGCCGUAUUGUGUGUAAAUAUAUCUCUCCAUGUAAAGCUCACAGGAAACGUAUGCAGUGGAUUUAGCUCCGUGUUGUGUGUUGUGGGAGGAAAGUAGAAGAUUUUGUUCAUGUGUGCCUCUUUCUUCAGGAUUUAAAGCCCUCAUACAGCUUCUGAAGGAGACUACAGUUUCUGCAUUUUGACAGUUUUAUAAAUCUUUUCACAUGAAUUAAAAAAAAAAACAAUGUGAGGAUUAAAGUCCAUAAA